CGCGGCGAGGUCGUCGCCGUCGUCGGGCCCGUGGGGUCCGGGAAGAGCACGUUAUUGCGGUCGCUCUGCGGCGCGGGCGCCGCGGUCGACGGCUGGGCGGGCACGGCGCCGGGCCUCGCGCGCGCCUACGUGGGCCAGGACCCCUUCCUGCUCACGGGCACCGUCGUCGACAACGUCGCCUUCGGGCUACCCGUCGACGACGCGCGGGUCGACGCCUGUCUCCGCGACUGCGGCCUCGGGCCGGACCUCGCCGCGCUGCCCGACGGCAAAUUGACGCCCGUCGGCCCGAGCGGCGUGCGGCUCUCCGGCGGCCAGCGGAGCCGCGUGGCGCUCGCGCGGGCCCUCUACGCGGAGCCGGACGUGCUCGUCCUCGACGACGUUUUUAGCGCGGUCGACGCGCACACGGGCGCCGCGCUCUGGGAGCGCGCCAUCGCCCCG